ACAGGUGUUGCUCUACAUAUGUUAAUGAGAAAUAACUGCAGAAUUAGCUAACCUGGGGAAGUCCGGAGAGCACUUCCUCGACGGCAUCUUCGGUUGCAUCCAUGAAAUCACCGCAGCCCUAGCGUUCGCUAGGAUGAGUGACUCAGCAUACAGAGUAGAAACCACAUCCCGUCUCGCGCAAUGGAGGAUCGAGAAUCUAGCUUCCUGCACCUACCGCAAAUCCGAUCCCUUCAAAAUUGGCAAGUGGAACUGGCAUUUAUCAGUGGAAAAAAACAGGCUUUUAUAUGUUAAAUUAUACCCAGAGAUAUCGAGCUUAACAAGGGACAAUCCCCCAAUUGUAUCUUUCACCAUCCGAGUGGUUUCCUCUGCAGGAGGUCGGAAGGCUUGGACUCAUCCAGACAUAAUAGACAAACAGCUUAAGAACAACGACGAUUUUAUUUGGCCAAUUGAAGUUCCAUUAACAGGAAAGUUCAUCAUUGACAUCGAAUUCAUUGACUUGAAGAUUGCAUCGCCCGAGGGUGGGGAACCUUCCUCCAUCUGGGCUAAUGGACUGUCACAAAAACGAUCAAAUGAUCGAGCUCUUAUUUCGUUGGGUCGAAUGUUGAAGGAAAGCAUCCACACAGAUAUCAUAAUUAAUGCUUCUGAUGGAAGCGUUGGAGCCCAUCGUGCUAUUCUUGCUUCACGAUCACCAGUUUUCCACAGCAUGUUUUCACAUGACCUGAAAGAAAAGGAACUAUCCACAGUAAACAUCCCUGAUAUGUCCUUUGAAGCUUGCCAGGCUUUUCUUAAUUAUAUGUAUGGUAAUAUCCAACAUGAAGAGUUUCUCUCCCAUAGACUGGCACUUCUUCAUGCAGCUGAUAAAUAUGACAUGGAUGACCUAAAAGAAACCUGCCAUGAUAGUCUGCUAGAAGAUAUUGAUGCCAAGAAUGUGCUUGAAAGACUCCAAAAUGCAUCUCUUUAUCAAUUACCAAAACUGAAGACUUGCUGCAUGCAGUAUCUUGUGAAGUUUGGUAAGAUUCUAGACAUCCAAGAUGAAUUCAAUGUCUUUCUACAAAAUGCAGACAGGGAUCUAAUAGCUGAGAUCUUCUAUGAAAUUCUUGAUGUCUGGAAAGGUUUCUAGCUUGAUGAAGGUGGUGGUUAAUGUUGGCGUGUACACAUAAGAUUGCUACGAGGAUUUAGUGUCAGAAUUUGUUACUUUGAAGGUGAUUCUUUCUCCAUAUUGUUUGUCCUGAUAUUAGUAAGGUUUCUCAUGAUAGAUUGAUGGUGUUGCAAUUGAAUGAAAUGUAAAUACUUUGAUGUUCUGUGUUUGGAAUUUUGUUUCUACAUAA